UUUAAAGACAAAUGAAAAUAAAAUGGAAACCACUUCUCUGCAGCGGAAAUUUCCAGAAUGGAUGUCUACACAGAAUAAAAGAUGUGCUACAGAAGAAAAGGCAUGCAUUCAGAAGAGUGUUCUUGAAGACGACCUCCCAUUCUUAGAAUUCACUGGAUCUAUUGUUUACAGUUACGAAGCUAGUGAUUGCUCUUUCCUGUCUGAAGACAUUAGCAUGCAUCUAUGUGAUGGAGCUGUGGUAGGAUUUGACAUGGAAUGGCCGCCCAUAUACAAGCCAGGGAAACAGAGCAGAGUCGCGGUGAUUCAGUUGUGUGUGUCUGAGAACAAAUGUUACUUGUUUCACAUUUCUUCUAUGUCAGUUUUUCCCCAGGGAUUAAAAAUGUUACUAGAAAACAAAUCCGUUAAGAAGGCAGGUGUUGGAAUUGAAGGGGACCAAUGGAAACUUCUGCGUGAUUUUGAUGUCAAGUUGGAGAGUUUUGUGGAGUUGACGGAUGUUGCCAAUGAAAAGUUGAAGUGCACAGAGACCUGGAGCCUGAAUGGUCUGGUUAAACACAUCUUAGGGAAACAGCUUUUGAAAGACAAGUCCAUCCGCUGUAGCAAUUGGAGUAACUUCCCCCUCUCUGAUGACCAGAAACUGUAUGCUGCUACUGAUGCUUACGCUGGUUUUAUCAUCUAUCAAAAAUUAGAAAACUUGGGUGAUGCUGCUCACGUGUUUGCUCUAAAUAAAGCAGAGGAAAGUCUAUCUAUGGAGAUGAAGAAACAGUUGAAUUCAAUCUCUGAAGAAAUGAGGGACCUAGCCAAUCAUUUUCCUGUCACUUGCAGAAAUUUGGAAACACUACAAAGGGUUUCUACAGUAUUGAAGAGUAUUUCAGAAAAUCUGUGUUCUUUGAGAAAGGUGAUCUGUGGUCCUACAAACACUGAGACUAAGCCGAAGCCAAGCAGUAGUUUUAAUUUACGGCCAUCAGAGGAUUCAGCUGCUGCUGGAGAAAAAGAGAAACACAUUGAAGAACAUACUACUUUCCCUAAAAUUAAAGAAGAAGCAUGGGACCCAGAACUUGACAGUUUACUGAAGCAUGAGGAGGUUGAUGUAUUUAAAAAUCAAGUGAAGCAAGAAAAAGGUGAAUCUGAAGAUGAAAUAGAAGACAAUCUGUUGAGAGAAGAACUGGAAAGAACUUGUUUGAUGCCCAGUAUUUCAGAAUAUGAACUCCAAGCUUUGGAACAGCAAGCUGAAGAAGAAAAAUAUAAUGUUGUUUCUCACCAGUUUUCUGAGCAUUUAUCUCCCAAUGAUGAUGAAAAUGAUUCCUCUUAUAUAAUUGAAAGUGAUGAAGAUUUAGAAAUGGAGAUGCUGAAGUCUUUAGAAAACCUAAAUAGUGACGUGGUGGAGCCCACUCAUUCUAAAUGGUUGGAAAUGGGAAGCACUGGGAGCCUUCCUCCUGAGGAGGAAGAUGGAGAGGGAGAUGAAGCCACCAGAGAGGAACAGGAAGAAGAGGACCAUUUAUUGCCGGAACCCAACGCAGAGCAAAUUAAUUGCCUCAAGACCUAUUUUGGCCAUUGCAGUUUUAAACCGGUUCAGUGGAAAGUCAUCCAUUCAGUAUUAGAAGAAAGAAGAGAUAAUGUUGUUGUCAUGGCAACUGGAUAUGGGAAGAGUCUGUGCUUCCAGUAUCCACCAGUUUAUACAGGCAAGAUUGGCAUUGUCAUUUCACCCCUCAUUUCCUUAAUGGAAGACCAAGUCCUGCAGCUUGAAAUGUCCAACGUUCCAGCCUGUUUACUUGGAUCAGCACAAUCAAAAAAUAUUCUAGGAGAUAUUAAAUUAGGCAAAUAUAGGAUCAUCUACAUAACUCCAGAGUUCUGUUCUGGUAACUUGGACCUACUCCAGCAACUUGACUCUAAUAUUGGUAUCACACUCAUCGCUGUGGAUGAGGCGCACUGCAUUUCUGAGUGGGGUCAUGAUUUUAGAAGUUCAUUCCGGUCGCUGGGCUCUCUUAAGACAGUGCUCCCAUUGGUUCCAGUCAUUGCGCUCUCAGCUACUGCAAGCUCUUUGAUCCGGGAAGACAUUAUACGUUGCUUAAACUUGAAAGACCCUCAGGUCACCUGCACAGGAUUUGAUCGACCAAAUCUGUACUUAGAAGUUGGACGAAAAACAGGGAAUAUACUUCAGGAUCUAAAGCCAUUUCUCAUCCGAAAGGCAAAUUCUGCCUGGGAAUUUGAAGGUCCAACCAUCAUCUAUUGUCCUUCGAGAAAAAUAACAGAACAAGUUACUGCUGAACUUGAGAAACUGAACUUAGCCUGCAAGGCAUACCACGCUGGCAUGAAAAUCAAUGAAAGGAAGGACAUUCAUCAUAGGUUCCUGAGAGAUGAAAUUCAGUGUGUCGUAGCUACUAUAGCUUUUGGAAUGGGCAUUAAUAAACCUGACAUUCGCAAAGUCAUUCAUUACGGCGCUCCUAAGGAAAUGGAAGCCUAUUACCAGGAAAUUGGUAGAGCUGGCCGUGAUGGACUUCAGAGUUCCUGUCACUUGCUCUGGGCUCCAGCAGACUUUACCACAACCAGGAAUCUUCUUAAUGAGAUCCGCAAUGAAAAGUUCCGGUUAUAUAAAUUAAAGAUGAUGGUAAAGAUGGAAAAAUACCUUCAUUCCAGUCAGUGUCGGCGAAAAAUCAUCUUGUCCCAUUUUGAGGACAAACGACUGCAGAAGGCCUCCCUGGACAUUAUGGGGACUGGAAAAUGCUGUGAUAAUUGCAGGCCCAGACUGAAUCAUUGCUUUCCUGCUAACAAUUCAGAGGACACAUCCCAAGACUUUGGGCCACAAGCAUUCCAGCUACUAUCCGCUGUGGACAUCCUGCAGGAGAAGUUUGGAAUUGGGAUUCCGAUUUUAUUUCUCCGAGGAUCUAAUUCUCAGCGUCUUCCGGAUAAAUAUCGCCAUCACCGGCUUUUUGGUGCUGGCAAGGAGCGAGCAGAGAAUUGGUGGAAGGCUCUUUCUCACCAUCUCAUAGCUGAAGGAUACUUGGUAGAAGUUCCCAGGCAAAACAAAUUUAUAAAGACUUGUUCCCUCACAAAAAAGGGCAGAAAGUGGCUUGGUGAAGCCAGUUCGCAGUCUCCUCCGAGCCUUGUCCUUCAAGCUAGUGAAGAGAUGUUUCCAAGGAAGGUUCUGCUACCAAGUUCUAAUCCUGUAUCUUCAGAAAUGACACAACAUUCCUCCAAUCAAAAACCAACUGGAUUAACUACCGAGCAGUCUAAUUUGGAGAGAACAUAUUCUUACAAAGUGCCUGAGAAAUUUUCUUCUGGGAGUAACAUUCCUAAAAAAAGUGUCGUGAUGCAGUCACCAGGAACAUCUUCCAGCUCCUCAGAACCUGCCAUUUCAGCCCACGAGCUGGACACGCGGAUUGUGUUAUAUGCCAGGUUGGUGGAAGUGAGGCAGAAACACGCUAGUAAGAUGGAUGUACCUCCGGCUAUUUUAGCAACAAACAAGGUUCUGCUGGACAUGGCCAAAAUGAGACCGACUACUGUUGAAAACGUGAAACAGAUCGAUGGUGUCUCUGAAGGCAAAGCUACUCUGUUGGCCCCUCUGUUGGAGGUCGUCAAACAUUUCUGUCAAGUAAAUAGUGUUCAGACAGACCUCUUUUCCAGUACCAUACCUCACAAGGACCAGGAGAAAAGUCAGGAGAUGGCAAAGAAAGACUGCUCACUCCCCCAGUCUGCAGCCGUCACAUAUGCUCUGUUCCAGGAAAAGAAAAUGUCCUUGCACAGCAUAGCUGAGAAUAGGCUUCUGCCUCUCACAGCAGUCGGCAUGCACUUAGCCCAGGCGGUGAAAGCCGGCUACCCCCUGGAUAUGGAGCGAGCUGGCCUGACCCCAGAGGCUCGGAAGAUUAUUAUGGAUGUUAUCCGAAACCCUCCCAUCAACUCAGAUAUGUAUAAAGUUAAACUCAUCAGGAUGUUAGUUCCUGAGAACAUUGACACGUACCUUAUCCACAUGGUGAUUGAAAUCCUUGAGAGUGGUUCGGACAGCAGAGCCCAGCCUUCCUGUGAUUCCAACAGGAAGAGGUGUUUCCCCAGCUCUGAAGAGAGUUCUGGGAGCUUUAAGAAAAGCAAGGAGGUGAUCACGGAGACCAAGGCAUCAUCUGAAAUGUCAAAGAGAAAAUUACCCGAGUGGUUUACCAAAGGAAAUGUGCCCUCAGCUGAUGCUGGCAGCUCUUCAAUGACCAAGACAAAGAAGAAAGGUCUUUUUAGUUAAGAUGACAACUACAGAACAAUUUGUGUGUCCUUUAUAUAUUCCUAUAAAGAAUGAAAAGAAAUAUUUUAACCUCAAAAUUAUUUAAAGUCCAAAGUAAAACUCACCUAAGCAUUGAGCCGCUGGCGUCUUUAAUCGCCCGUCCGCAGUUGAGAUAAAGCAUCUGAAUCUCCAAGUCCCUGAGUGCAGCAUAGAAAGUGAGGUUGGUUUCCUUUCAGAUUGCCUUCCAGACCCCUGCCACCGUCGUGUUGCAGUCCCUCUACUUGCAGCAGUGUAUGUGGGAAACGGAGGAUGUGUCGCUUUGACAUGGUGAACAGAUUAGUAGGUGCUUAGUGACAGAUAUGACGAAGGCUUAAAUUGACAAGAUGGUGUCCUGUGAAUUUAAGACAACAGAGUCAUUUUACAGAUGGUCUUUGCUUCCUUAUGUAGUGGCCUGUAUGUGCACUGUCAGACAAUAUCACUGCCCCAGCCCAGUAAGUGACACAUCAGCUUCCAUUUAAAUGGGGGAAAGUGUUGAAAGGAUUCCAGUUACAGAGACAACUAAAUGCUAUGCAUUUUCUACAGAAUUUUUAUUAUUUCUCAAGUAAAAGUGUUUCUUUGUACUGAAUAUUAACUAUACUAAAUUUUCAUUUAUUUAAUUAUUCAGAGUGCCUUCAAUAUUUGAAGAUGCCAAAUUUUAAUGUCUUACGUUUCACAAAGAAUUAAAAAAAAACCUGAAAACUCAAACUCUAUUCUUGGCAAACUACUGUUAUAUAAAUUUAAGCAGUUUACCAUAUAGCUUAUAAAGACAUUUUGAGCCUUGGGUUGACUUUUUUGUAAAUAGAAAUGGAUUGUUACUAAUACAGAAAAAAAAAUGCCUGAAUUCAGAGUAAUUUUAAAAAAAAAAGUCACUCAGGAUUCCAUUAGGAAAGAAUCAAAGUCAUUUUUCGUAAUCUGCCAGACUUCCUCGUAUUAAUUUUCUUAAUUUGAAUCUUAUUGUAAGACAUUCAAACUAUACUUAAAACAUGGAAACUCCCAUGUUCUCAUUUUUCUGCUUCCUAUUACCAGAAGGUAGCCUUACAUAUGUCACACAUAAUCUCCGGUUGCUUCUGUUUCUCUGUGCCUUAAAAUGUGUUCCUAUAAUACACGAGUUGGUAUUCUCUAUGGCAAGGUGUCAGCAUGCUUGCAGGGCUUGAGGUUCGUGCUGGCUGUGGUGGUCAUCUGCAGGAAAACAUCUGCUUAAUUAUUUGAGUUAUGGGUUGAAUUGGACUUUUUUUUUCCUUCAUGGAAUUGAAAAAACAAAACUUGGUGGCAAAAAUUAUGCUUGGUUUUUUUUAGACCUGGUUACUCGGCAGAUAUUUUCUCAAGAUACAAUGAAGUUAGCCUAUUGCUGUAAAGGAAAUGAUUUACCAAUAGUUAUUGCCAGUAACAAAAUUGAAAAUUCUAGUAAAACUUACAAUUCUGGUGAAUGUGUAUCCUUCACUGGGAACCUGGGCAGAUUUCCUUGACCUGAGGACUUUUCUAAUGAAGUAAAUAAAAUAAACACAUCUUUUUUGAUAGUAUCUAAAGUUUUAUCUGCAUCUAAAAUCCCAAGAAGUCAGUUUUUAAUGGAUGACUAAUACAUGAUGUAAUCCAGAGAUACGUUGUUUGAAAGGCCUGCUGGAAGCAGAGGAGGGACCAGUAAAUCCUAAUGUAGUCAAGAGGAAGAGCCAAUGGCUGUCCUUUCAGAUUACACACUGAAAAUCAUAACUAAGAAACAGCUACUGUUUUCAUUUCAAAGAUUCAAAGCUUCAAGGAUCCUCUACCAUUAUUGGAAAAUGUAUUUUCACAUAGCUUUUCCUAAUAUCACACACACACACACACACACACACACACACACACACACACACACACACACAUCCACAUAGACUGAAUACAGUAGACUGGACUCCAAGCCCUUUUCCUAAACUCAUCUACACAACAAGAACAUUUACAGAAAUGAAACUGGGCCAUCUUGUCAAUUUUUGUAAAUGAAAAUGUGAUUUUAAAAUGAACAAUAUUUGUGCUAAAGUGUAAUUGGUUUACUACAGCUGUUUUGAAAUGAAUCAAUAAAUCUUUGGAAAAAGUCUCA